GCCAUUCCACCGAUUUUUUAUAGAAUCCAGGCUGGUUUUUAAACAGUCAAGUUUGUCUGAGCAAUAUCUUGGAGACUUCAAAGCUGUCAUUUUUUUUUCAAUCAUAUAUCAAAAGUAGAAAGUCAUGGCAUCCUUCAUCAAAAUCCUGGGUCUGCUUCUGCUCCCAUUUUGGUAUUUCAUCGAAUCUUUCUUCAAAUCCUGUCGGGAUUUAUUUGUGCCUGUAUCCUUGCGGAACUUGAAAGAUCUUUCUGCGGAGGUGGCUUUGGUGACAGGGGGAGGAGCUGGACUGGGUCGAAACUUGGCCAUCCAGUUGGCUGAACUCAAAGUAACUGUGGUAACCUGGGAUAUUGACCAAUCAGCCAAUGAGGAAACGGUGUGCAUGAUACUUGACAAUGGCGGCAGUGCAUAUGCAUAUACGGUUGACAUCAGCAACCCUGAGGCUGUGUAUGCUGCAGCAGAAAGGGUCAAAGGUGAAGUUGGUGAGGUGACACUGUUGGUGAAUAAUGCAGCAAUCGGUCAGUUUCAGUCAAUUUGGGAAGUUCCAGAUGACCUCAUUCAGAAAAAGAUGAACAUCAUAGCCAUUGCACCUUUCUGGGUAAUAAAUGUAGUUGAGUUUUAUUAGCUAAAUAAAGACAAAGUCAUGUGUUGAACAACUUUGGUGAAAUUAAUGGUCAAACUCUUUAUUCCAACAGCUUCUGCGAGCCUUUUUACCAUCAAUGAAGGCUCACAAUCAUGGUCAUAUAGUCACUACAUCCAGUGCAUCAGUCU